AUGGAAAUUAAGAGGAAGGCAGAAGUGAAUGGUCAGGAAGAGCUGGAAGACUGCUGGACAACUCUGCGAGAUACCCUCAUCAAUGCCGUGGAGGAGGCGUGUGGGAAGAGUGGAGUUGGAGGAAAAGAGAAAGAGGAUCUUCAGCAUAACAUGAACAUCUGGAAUGAGGAACUGGAGAAGGAGAAGAUGAAGAUAAGCAUGAACAAAACAAAAGUGAUGGCUGUGGCUACCAAUCACAGAGAGAUAGAGAUUAAGUUGAAAAAUAGAAGAAUUGAACAGGUCACCAACUUCAAAUAUCUUGGAGCUACCAUACAUCAAGAAUGCAGAAUGGAGGGAGAAAUAAAUUCUAGAACUGCUUCUGGUGGUAGACUCUACUAUGCGCUAUCAAGAGGGUUCCUUGAUAUGAAAGAUGUCAGCCAGAAAGCGAAAAUGGCAGUCUUCUGGUCCACAUAUGUUCCUACUCUGUUGUACUCUUCUGAGACGUGGACUUUGACAGAGAGAAGAAGAAGUAAGCUGCAGGCCCAAGAAAUGCGCUUCCUACGUAGAGUGAUUGGAAGACAAGAAGAGACGAACUGA